AUGGCUAUGCUUUUAUUAUUAUUCUUCUACUUUUGUCUGGCGGCAAAUCGUAGUAUUGCGCAAAGGGAAUGGAGCUCGAUUGAUCCCAUCUGCAUCGAUAAGACCAAUCUUGUCGAGCUCUCAGAAGCCAUCAACUCCAUGUUUCGGUGGUAUCGCGAUGCAGAACGAUGCUAUGUCUACCUCUCGGAUGUCGCAGGACCGAUUUUGGACCCUAACAACUCGCAUUUCCAAUAUUGGAAAGUCGAGUUUCGAAAAAAGCUGAUCGCCCCAGAAUCGGUGGAGUUUUUCUCCAACGAUUGUAGGAAGCUUGGGAGCAAGAAAUCUCUAGAGCGACAAAUUCGCGAGGUUGUAGAAAUCCCAGUCGAGGCACUUCGAAGAAAGCUCCUCUCUCAAUUCGGCGUCACGGAACGAAUAUCGUGGACCGAGGACCGUGAGACUACCAAAGAGGAAGACAAAGUCUAUUCGUUGUUGGGAAUUUUUGGCGUGAGUAUUUCACCGAUCUAUGGUGAGGGGAGAGAUAAUGUGUUUCGACGGCUUCAUGCUGAGAUCGAAAAUACAUCGAAUCGUCGUCACUUCGAAGACUUCGCGAUACCUUUCAGUCUUUCCGAUGUUGCUGAAACCGAGCACUUCGUUGCAAGAGAAAGAGAGCUCAUGGAAAUACACAAGGCGCUCAGAGGCGAUGGCAGCCGUUGCGUUGCUAUUCUUCAUGGCCUUGGGGGAAUUGGUAAAACUCAAUUGGCAGUUGCAUACGCGAAGCGAUAUAGAGAUAGAUACUCAGCGAUCUUGUGGCUGAAUAUCAAAGAUGAAGUCUCUCUGAAGCAAAGCUUUGCGAACGCUGCCCGGAGAAUACGCCAAGAGCAUCCGUCUGCCCAGUGUCUUAACGCCGUGGAUUUGAAUGGAAGCUUGGAUGAAGUGGUAGAAGCCGUCAAAGAGUGGCUGAGUCUCCGAAAUAACGUAAGAUGGCUGGCCAUAUACGAAAACUACGACAAUUCCAAGGUACCAGGUAACACGGAUCCGACGGCAUUGGACAUUAAGAAGUACCUGCUGGAAUCUUAUCAAGGAUCAAUCAUCAUCACCACGCGGUCGUCGCAGGUCAAAAUCGGCCAUGGCAUUCCAGUCCAAAAGCUGGAGAAUGUGCAGGAUUGCCUUAAGAUCCUGUCGAACGUGUCAAGACGCGAAGGAUUGAACAAUGACGGGCUCCCUCUUGCACUUGCGACCGCCGGAGCAUAUCUUGAUCAAGUAUCGACCGGUUUGGCUGAGUACCUUCAUCAAUAUAAAGAAUCAUGGUUGAAACUGAAAGAGAAAAGUCCUGAGCUGAACUCGUACGAAGAUCGAACGCUCUACACCACAUGGAACAUCUCGUACAAGCAUGUGGAACAACAGAACCGACUUUCGGCUCAGUUCCUUCAGUUGUGGGCUUAUUUUGACAACCAGGACCUCUGGUUCGAGCUUCCCUGUCAUAACGAUUCAAGUGAUCCAGAAUGGAUCCGAAAACUCACAGAAGACCAAAAAAACUUCGUUGCAGCGGUUCGAGUGUUGUGUAACCACGGACUGGUGGAAGCAAACUCGUUCUCACGGGAUUCAGUGGAGUCAGGAGGGUACAGAAUGCAUAGCUGUGUACACUCAUGGACGAUGCAUGUUCUAAAUCCAGAGUGGAAUAAUGACAUUCAUGUAGCAAGGUGUUUAUCUAUGAUAUCAAAAUGCGGCAUUUCACAGAAUGGUAUUGAAUGGGCAGUUCACAACCUGGGCCUGCUCUACGCCGACCAAGGGAAACUGAAGGAGGUAGAAGAGAUGUACAUGCGAGCGCUGCACGGAACUGAGGAGGCACUUGGGCCAAAGCACACAUCGACGCUUGACACGGUCAACAACCUAGACAACCUCUAUGCCAAGCAAGGCAAGCUGGGUGAGGCUGAGAAGAUGUACAUGCGAGCGUUGCAAGGAAAGGAGGAGGCACUUGGACCGAAGCACAUCUCGACGCUCGGUACGAUCAACAACCUGGGCCUGCUCUACGCAAACCAAGGUAGUCAGGGUAAGGCAGAGAAUAUGUACAUGCAAACGCUGCAUGGAUACGAAGAGGCGAUGGGAACAGAGGUCGUUGCGAGAUACAUCCUGGAAAACUUACGUGGCCACAGAAUUAGUCAUUGUAAAACUACACACCUUUAUCGAAAACCCGCUUGA